AUGUCCAGCGAAUUUUCGACGUGUCAGGUCGAUGAUUUUUUCAAAUCUUAUCUCCCAGACCACAGGAUGCACUUCGACGCUGUUAUUGCAGACCUGAAGAAACAAAAGACUCUCGUCGAUCGUAGCCCGUCCCAGCAAAAGCGCAGUCGUUCUUCGUCAUCGAAGAAUAGGCCCGCAUUUUCCCAUGUCUUUAAGACGCUCAACAACUUGUUCCAAACUGGGUCUGCAGCACCCAAUCGUAUUCUAAAGUCCUUUCAGACCGUCGGGAACGCGGUUCGCAAAGCCCUGGGGAAGGCCAAAGCGCCAACCAACGAACGGGGCAUUCGGGUGGAUGAAAGCAGCGAGAAUGGCGCCAGUGCCUAUCUUACAACGAAUCUUCGUUCUCCAGCCCAUCUGACGGAUGUCGUGGUCCCGAUUGAGAUCACAACUUCAAAGGAAACCAAAAUCAUGACUCACGCCGCAAUGAUUCUUAACCGCGAUGCUCGGCGAGAAUUCUCAUACGCGGUCACGAUCGAAAAUCAAAACCUGUCAGUGUGGUACCUGUCCAGGGCCGUGGCCGUCAAGUCUAAGCCGUUUGAUAUGCAACAGCACGCAGAUCUCCUCGUCCAGCUCCUCGUCUCGUUGUUCUGCUCUUCAAACGAGCAGUUGGGAUACGAUCCGCUCGUAACCCUCCUCCCAGACAGGAGCUUCGUGUAUCAGUUCCCUCCCGAUGGCGACAGGACCUUCCCUUUGUUCUACAGAACGUUGGAGGUCAUCUGCGACCGCCAAUCCGCACACCUCUGCGAGCGUCAGUCCCGAGUAUGGAAAGUCGAGCAGGUGACCUCUGCCUCAGAUCCACAGAGAGUCUUGGGGACGUCGACCAUGGUUUUGAAGGAUUCGUCCAUCGAUGCUCUCGCACCCGUCGAAUCGGACGUACAAGACAGGCUGUUCGGAGAUAUCACGGACUUUGCGCGAAGCAAGAAUUGGCGGUCCCAUCCGUUGCUGAAGGACGCCAACAACGACGACCUGCACGCUCUCGGGGAGGCUUUGAAGGGUGAUAAUUUCAAGCAGUUCUUCUCAUGCAUUGUUUCGAAGCAUGUCUCCCUGAUCGACCCUAUCUCCAACAUGGAUCAAGGCACCGAUCGUCAUCGUCGAGUACGCCUCGUUUACGAAAAUGUCUGCACUGCGCUGCAUGACAUUCCUACUCUCGGGGAGGCCAUUGAUAUCGUCAAGCAGACUCUCCUUGGGCUCUGUCUCAUGUUUUGUGCAGGGUGGGUACAUCGCGACCUAAGCCCCGGCAACAUCCUCGCCUUUCGCGCAACGCUUAACUCCCCUUGGCACGCCAAGAUCUCCGAUCUUGAGUUUGCGAGGAGGUUCCCAGCAUCGGGGGUCGUGACUGUUUCAGAACAAUUGACGGGUACGCCUCAUUUCAUGGCCUACGAGCUACUCCACUCGCGGCAUCUCCUCCCCAAAUACACUCCAACGGGGGAGCGAUUCCCUAUAGACCCGGAAUCCUUGGUCAUCCACAACUACCAGCACGACCUGGAGUCAAUCUGGUGGAUUAUCCUCUGGCUAGUGGGGACAAGGGUUAAAGAAAAGCUUCCUCGCACGUUCAGCGAGAUGUUCCAGCAACAUGUCAAUGGGCCCUAUGCCAAGGCGCGACACUACGUCUUGACGUACCCGCUCACCCGCGCCGGUGAUCUUCUCAGGUCCCUUCCCCAGUCAUUGCGCUCCUCGGCCUUUCUCAACGCCCUUGACACUCUGCGGCAAGAUCUCCAUCACCAAUACAUCGCGCGGAAUGGGGAUAAUAGACAAAGCGACAUCGGGAGCUACUCCUGGAUUAUAUCCAAAGCAUUUCCCAGGUUCCUUGCCAGUAUUGAGCCUUCUCGUGAUGAGUGGGGAGCAAUUGCCCUCAUCGUCGAGAGUGAACGCCGCGAGAGACGAAGGAAAAAGCAGGAGGCGAGACGCCAGCAACAAUUGUCUCAACCGCCAGACCACCCCGUUCAACCGAAGAAACGCAAGGCCGAGGCUGAUCGCAAUGAGUUACCCUCCAAGAGAACCCGCCGUCAUGUGCCCGCAGUAGCCGUACGUCAGGGUGGUCCAGUCACUAGGUCGAUGACCAGGAAUGCUCGUCCGAUGACGAGGUCAGUAGCGCGUCAACUUGAACAGGCUAAGAGUUCGCAACAUCGCUGA